AUGUCCGAGCAAAAGGGAGACCCCGGCACGGCGGCGGCGGGCGGACAACCGGCUGCAGCCAAGCGGAGAGGAGGAAGAACGGUGCCGUCUCGUUACCUGCAGUGCUACAAGAAGAACGCCCAGAAGGAUGCUUCAGCAAGUUCCUCAUCGUUGUGUGCUGCCCCACCUGCCCCACCGUCUUCUGGAGCUAAACAAAAAUCAGUUCUUUCUCAGAAACAUGAAACUUCUGUUGGUGCUGGCCACAGCUUAAGUCAGAGCAUCUUAGAGAAAGAUGAUUUGCAGUCCACCUUAGUAGAUGAAGAAAAAAUUAAAAGACCAGACCUUGAUCUCUCAGCUAUCAAUGAUAAAACUGUCUCCAAGAAGAGUGACUGUUCAGAAUCUACUGAAGAAGGAGAUGCAGAGACACAGAAAACCACGGCAGCAGAAACUGAUUCCUGUGAUUUAACGGAAGAGCUGGAAUCUGAGACACUACUUUUAACUUACUUAAGGAUAAAGGCAGGAAAAAAUCUUGCCAUGCUGGAGGAGAAAGCAGAAAAAAAGUUGAUGAUGUUGUGUGAAGAAAAGCAGAGACAACAGGAGAAGCUCUUGGAGUUGGAACGUGAAAUUCUGCUCACAGAGAGAGAGCAGAAGCUCAGUGAAGCAUUAGACAAACAGAUUGAAGUGCUGUCUCCCCUCGUUCCUGUCUGUGAACAGUUUCAAAAGCAAUAUAAAAGCUUUGCAGCUUCCCUGGACGCCACUAGACAUGAAUUACCCAUCAAGAACAUCCACAUAGGAGGAGAUAAGCGAGAGUACCUUGAUGAACUGGGCAGGCAAUUAAAGAUCACCCAGGAGCUUCUGGCAGAAAUUACACCGAGCCACUCAGAAGACUGUGCAAAAACACUUUCUGCACUGAAAGAGCUUGAAGAAAUGUCUCAGAAACUGGAUAAGGAGCUUCAAAGGAGCUUCAGAGAAGUGCAGAACCUGUCGCUUGAAGUCAGUAAAGAAGUUUCUCUGCAUAACCAAAGUGUGUGUGAAGAGAAGCAUGGGCUGGAUGUUGUGAAACGCUGGUAUUUCAACUAAGCUUCUGAGUAGUUUUACUGCUGGAGAUGCCUGUUUUCCUGGGAGGAGGAUCAGUCUGGUUUCCAGCACUCUGGACUGGUGCAGUCUGUGUUAAACCUUUAUUCUGGGGAGCCUCCAGGAGUGAGGCAAAGCCUGGGACAGUUGUUAUCAGUUACCAGGUUCUGUAUUUGCCACCUCUGUUUGGCUGUCCCAGAAACACAAAGGGGAGAACCAAACUGGGAGUUCAAGAAUGGGUGUGGCUUUUUUUUUUUAUAAUCCUGUAAAAAUGAAUUAAGGCCUUAUUCUUGUCUGGUGUUAAAUAAUGCCUGAGACAAACGUUUUUUCCAUUGGCAAGUGGGGUCAAAUGAUUCUGGAAACUGAGCACUUGGUUUUUAUUUCUCACCCACCUCCCACUGAUAUCUGGUGCUUAAAGGACUUAAAACUGAAUAAUGGAUAGCCUUGGGUUUAGUACAGGACCUUUUCUGUGCACAAUUCACACAUGUGUUCUCAAAAUCUUUGAGUGAGGAUUACCUUUUGUAGAUCUGAUCUGAUCAUCUGUUGACACGUUGGUGACAGCAGCUAUGCUGAGGCAAUUAACAAGGGCUAAUUAUUAAUGGGGUGGUCCUGCCACUUGGUUCUUGGGAGUAAUCUCACUGAUGUGAAUUUUGCAGUUGGAGGGGGGAACCAAAAGGAUUCACAGCACUCAGAAAUGAACAUUUUGUGUUUG